AUGGCGCAUAGCUUUCGUGGUCGGCACAACGAGCAGGAGCGAAGCAACUCCACCUUGCGAUCUGCGAUGCGACUUGGACGUGGCUCAGCAUCGAGUGCCGGCUCUGACGUAGAUUGCUUGUACGGAUACGCCAGAGCAUUCGGUUCCAAUCUCCUCGUCCUCCCCGUCUUCGUCCACACCUCGCCGCCGCCAGACAUCCGACGACCAGCGACGAGGGACGGCGAACCUUUGCAGCAAUCAUUUGCCAUGUCUACGGCACUCAAGGCUUUCCUCAACAGCCCUGUCGGCCCCAAGACCACCCAUUUCUGGGGUCCCGUUGCAAACUGGGGUUUCGUCAUUGCGGGUUUGGUUGACAUGAACAAACCUCCUGAAAUGAUAUCUGGCAAUAUGACAGCAGCCAUGUGCGUGUAUUCAGGCCUCUUUAUGAGGUUCGCAUGGAUGGUACAGCCACGGAACUACUUGCUUCUGGCAUGCCAUGCCUCCAAUGAAUCAGUCCAGCUUUACCAGUUAUCUCGGUGGGCCAGGGCCCAGGGGUACAUGGAGAAGAAAGAACCAGAGGCUCAGCAAUGA